CGCUGUCUCUGCGCACCAGUCACAGCUCUUUGUGGUCAUGAAUUGACUGCAGAGAGCGCAAGCCGCGGCUCGGCGUGCAUCGCAGAGGUCCGGGCGAGCGGGUCCUGCGCGGCGAGGCGAGGCGAGGCGAGGCGUUCGCAGCGCGCAGCAUGCUCCGUCGACGCACCCGGGAGAAAGCCCAGGAUGAAAUUGCUUUGGAGAGCUAAAAUGAGCUCAAUCCAGGACUGGGGCGAGGAGGUAGAAGAAGGAGCUGUUUACCAUGUCACCCUCAAGCGAGUGCAGAUCCAGCAAGCCGCGAAUAAAGGCGCAAGAUGGCUAGGGGUUGAAGGGGACCAACUCCCCGCAGGCCAUACCGUCAGUCAAUAUGAGACAUGCAAGAUCAGGACCAUCAAAGCUGGUACCCUGGAGAAACUUGUAGAGAACCUGCUGACGGCUUUUGGGGACAAUGACUUCACCUACAUUAGCAUAUUUCUGUCAACCUACAGGGGUUUUGCAUCUACAAAAGAAGUUCUUGAGCUGCUCCUUGACAGAUACGGAAACCUGGAGAUCACCAACUGUGAAGAAGACGGGAGCCAGCACGCCACCGAGAGCAAGACAGAACUCAGGAACGCCAUCGCAUCCAUCCUGAGAGCCUGGCUGGAUCAGUGCGCGGAAGAUUUCCAAGAGCCGCCUCAGUACUUUUGCUUGCAGAAACUUCUGGGUUAUCUGACACGGACCAUGCCGGGCUCGGAUCCAGAAAGGAGGGCGCAGCACCUGUUGGAACAGUUUAAGGAGGAAGAACGGAUAAAUGACAGUGGAAUUCAUGACACGCCUGCUGUUGAGGAAGAAAUGGAAGCCAGAGGCUCGGAAGAGUUCUCUUCUUUCCCUGAAGAUCUUGUGGCAGAGCAGCUAACUUACAUGGAUGCUAAACUCUUUAAAAGGGUGGUGCCACAUCACUGUCUGGGCUGCAUCUGGUCCCGGAGGGACAAGAAGGAAAACAAACAUCUGGCACCCACCAUCCGAGCCACCAUCGCGCAGUUCAAUGCAGUGACCAAAUGUGUCGUCAGAACCAUCUUGAGUGGCAAAGAGCUAAAAUCUCAGCAGCGGGCUAAGAUCAUCGAGAAGUGGAUCAAUAUUGCACACGAAUGUAGGAUUUUAAAGAAUUUUUCUUCUUUGAGGGCCAUCGUUUCGGCACUACAGUCCAACUCCAUCUAUCGGUUAAAGAAGUGUUGGGCGUCUGUUGCAAAGGACAAAAUGUUGAUAUUUGAAGAACUGUCAGAAAUUUUCUCAGAUCAGGACAACUAUUUAACAAGCCGAGAGCUGCUCAUGAGGGAAGGAACGUCUAAAUUUGCAAAUUUGGAUAGCAGCGUGAAAGAGAAUCAGAAGAGAACUCAGAGGCGGCUUCAGCUGCAGAAAGAUAUGGGCGUGAUGCAGGGGACGGUUCCCUACCUCGGUACCUUUUUGACUGACCUGACGAUGCUCGACACGGCUCUUCAGGACUACGUGGAGGGAGGGCUCAUAAACUUUGAAAAGAGGAGGCGGGAGUUUGAAGUAAUUGCUCAGAUUAAGCUCUUGCAGUCUUCCUGUAACAGCUACUGCAUGACUUCAGAAAGAAAAUUCAUCCAGUGGUUCAAGAAACAGCGACAUUUGACGGAGGAGGAGAGCUAUGCCCUUUCGUGCGAGGUUGAAGCUGCCGUCGACGCGACGACCACGUCGCCAAAGCCUCGGAAGAGCAUGGUGAAGCGGUUAAGCUUGUUGUUUCUGGGAUCUGACAUAAUUGCUAAUAGCACCCCUACCAAAGACCAGCCCAAAACCACACCGGGCGGGAGCUCCGGCGAAAGCAUGGAUUCCGUCAGCGUCUCGUCUUGCGAGUCAAACCACUCGGAGUCCGAGGACAUCUGCAUCACCCCCACCGACACUCCUGACGAGCCCCAGAAGAAACUCUCAGAGUCUUCCUCUUCGUGUUCCUCCAUCCACUCCAUGGACACUUCUUCAUCAGGGGUGUCGUCCUUCACCAAUGUGCUCUUGUCUCCUCCUCUGAUGGCGAGCAACCCCAGAAUCCACAAACGCUCCGUCUCGGUCACCUCCAUUACCUCAACGGUCUCGCCUCCUUUUCACAACCAACAGAACGAAGAUACCUGCAUCAUCCGUAUCAGCGUAGAAGACAAUAAUGGCAACAUGUAUAAGAGCAUCAUGCUGACCAGCCAAGACAAGACCCCGGCCGUCAUCCAGAGGGCAAUGUUGAAGCACAACCUGGAGUCCGACCCUGCAGAGAACUAUGAGCUAGUCCAGGUCAUCUCGGAGGACAAAGAGCUGGUGAUCCCCGACAGCGCCAACGUCUUCUACGCCAUGAACAGCCAGGUGAGCUUCGACUUCGUGCUGCGGAAGAAGAACCCCCUGGACGGGCAGGUGAAACUGAGGGGCCGCUCCAGCUUGACUCUUCCCCGGACCAGCAAGAGGGGCUGCUGGAGCAACCGGAACAGCAAAAUCACGCUUUGAGAGGGGAUGUGCCAGCACGGAAACGAUGGAGCCUCCUGCUACUCUGGGGAACCUCCCCGUUGUGCAGUCUUUGGGAACGAGCGCCUCGGGAUUCAGCUUCGGGGUCCAAAGCGCGCCUUGUCCACGCAUUAGGCAUACCUUCCGGGAGACAGCAGGCGUGGAGCGGACCUGCGUGGAAAAGCAACGGACGGGGACCUGCUUUUUGCACAGCGUCCAAGAAUCCAAGGCCACUUUCCUUCGGGAAAAGGACAGUGCGGCUUGGCUCACCCCUUCCCACAGGCUGCUCAGUCGCUCUCAAUCCCUUUCGGUGCCAGUAUUAAUUCGGAGCGUUUUCCAUUCAUUUUUUUGUAAAUGGAAGACAGCACUGCUGUUCAGAUCCAUCCGAAUCAGCAGGAUGGAGGGCGUGCCAGAUGGACCAUUGGCUGAAUGAGGACACUGAUCCGUGGAGGGACGGUGUGGAUGAGACGAUGGACUGCUCCCUGCCCACCGAUGGCUUCUUCGGAAGUAGAGGAGCUGCUGAAGUUGAGGAGGAUGACCAUUCUCCUAGAAUACCCUGCCCCCCAGGCUCUGGAGCCCGCCCAAGGAACUGGACUUCUUAUUUCGGUCUUCUGGUCCUGUGAUCCAAGCUGGAAAAAGCAUUCCCUCUUCCGGAGCAUUAAGCGGGACAGAUCCCGCAGAAUGCUCUACCCAGCCAAGCCAGGACAAAAACGCACUACUGCUUUCAAUGCCACUACAUUGUUCCUUUAUGCUUUGCAUAAAGUCUGUUUCUUUGGA